GUCACAGCUGAACAGAUCUGUCGCUGUAUGAAUUAUACUGUCUUUACUGUAAAUAUAACAAAGAAUAACUUUUAAAUUAUAUGUCACAUAUCAUAUUAUUAAUUCGAAGAUAUAAAUGGUGAAUAUAAACACUUCUCUAUUCUGUUUAAGCCUAUUAGCUUAGCAAAUCGCUAGCUUCUUCUACUCUUCAUUUUCAUCACAUUUCUCCUCACUGUCGCCUCCACGGUGGUGUGACAAAUGGUCAGUAUUUUGUGAUUAUUUUGUCUUUUCAGCAGGUGGCGCAGUUGUACUUAUUCUCAGUUCGAUGACGCUGGGUUCUGUGUGGACUGAACUGCCGUAGAGGAAGUAGAAUCCUUCCUGGGAAUGACCAGGAGGUGUGGGAAAAUCAGGACCACUUUAUUAAAGUCGUUUCGCCACGUUCUGUCAGCAGCCUCUCAACAUUUUUUGGUGUAUUGAAGAUGAGCCGAUUUUAGAGUGUCUGGUGUCGAGGACAGGUGGGCAACAGCUGUCCGGCUUACCCCGCUAGCAGAUAGUUUUCAUGAUAUACAUACCUGAAACACAACAGAAAGAGAUAUACACACACCAACUGCGUCAUGACCGAUGAUGUGAUGUUAAAUGUACCGGUCAUCCGGCAGCAAUAUCACUGGGACUGUGGGUUGGCCUGUUCGAGAAUGGUACUAGAAUAUUUACAUCCAGUAAGUGAGGAGGAAUUUCAGGGAGCGUGUUUGGACUUAGAGUUCACAGAAAGCGUGUGGACUAUUGACCUGGCUUAUCUCAUGUGUAAGCUGGGGGUCAGACAUCGCUUCUGCACACAGACACUAGGUGUGGACAAGGGCUUUAGGAACCAGUCCUUCUACAAAAAACAUUUUGACACGGAGGAGGACAGGGUGAAUGAACUCUUUCUGAAGGCUGAAAGCAAAGGAGUCGUGGUAAAAAAAUGCUCUCUUACUGUUCAGGAGAUCCAGAGCCACCUGGAGCAGGGUAAUGUGGCCAUCGUGCUGGUCAAUGCUGUGGUGUUGGUGUGUGAGCUGUGCUCCACUCCUGUCAAAUACUGCUGUUUCCUCCCCGUGGGUCAGAAGUGCUUCUGCAGGAAGCCAGAUUACCAGGGCCACUUUGUGGUAGUGUGUGGAUUUAACCGCAAGACCGGCAGCAUCUUCUACAACAAUCCGGCUUAUUCAGAUCGUGUGUGCUGCACAAGUUUUAGUAAUUUUGAAGAGGCCAGACGGAGCUACGGAACGGAUGAGGACAUUCUAUUCAUCUACAAAGAUGGCUGAGUCUUUCACAAUGACUGCUUCUAAACAAACACGUAAUCAAAAAGCACCCUUUGUAUCCACUGUGGUUGGCUGGGUAGCAUUAUUGCACUGCUGGCCAAUAGCAGGUACUGUAGUAUGUGUAACCUCUGCUAUGAUCCUCAGAGCCAUAGCAUCGCACAAAACAUUACUAUGGUGCUACAUCGGCCACAGAAUGAUCGGUUAUGAAAUGUUAACACAGAAAGGAAAGGGAGAUGAAAUGAUUUUUAAGCUUGUGCUAAGUAUAUGUACCUCAUCACCAUUACUGUGAUGUGGACAAAUAUUUUUAGCCACAGCUCACAUGAUUUUUGUAGUAUCUGCCGCUGUCCCACAGUUAGAGGUAAAGGAGUGUAUAUAAUGUUACUGUAAAGACUUUUGGACAUGUUUGAUCAGGGUAGCAGUAAAAAAAAUCAUUGUAUUUUUUUUUUCUCUUGUAAGCCACCUAAGGGUGUAUAAUUCAACGUGAAUUAUCUUAAAGUAUAGUUCACCCAAAAAUGAAAAUUCUCUCAUCAUUUACUCACCCUCAUGCCAUCCCAGAUGUGUAUGACUUUCUUUCUUCUGCUGAACACAAAUGAAGAUUUUUAGAAGAACAUUACAGCUCUGUAGA